AUGGGAGACCUUUUUUCCUUAUUUUGGGAGGUAGAUCCUCCCCCCAUGCCUUUAAGUUUCACCAUUCCAAAUCAGGAUUAUGAAUGCCGGAAGGAUGACUCUUGCGGGGCCAUAGGGAGUUUCCUGCUUUGGUAUUUUAUCAUUAUAUUGGUCCUGCUGUUCUUUUCUCGGGCUUCUGUCUGGAUGUCAGAGAAGAAAAAAGAUGAAGACAGUGGGACCAGCACAUCAGUCAGUAAAGCAAGCAAAGAUACUUCCUAUAAGCGGCAAAGCAAAGAUGGUGACUGGGACCCUUUACAAAUGAUGAAAAAAACAAAGCAGAACCAACUUACUCCUGUAACUGAUUCAGAAGUGGCUUUGGUCAAUGCCUAUCUUGAACAAAGACGAGCCAGGCGCCAUUCUCAGUUCAGCCAGGUGAAUCAGAUCCAACAUGAUAGUGAUACUACUGAGUGUGACAGUGAAGAAUCUAACUCAGGAGCCUCCUCAUGGAAGGAGAGUGAAAGUGAACACCAUCCGUCACCAGCGAGUAUUAGGAAGAGAAAACUAGCUCAGAGGCAAAGGAAUGUGGGAAGUUACCAAAUCAGGGAAAGGCCCUGCCUCCACUGCAAAGCCAUGAGAACCAAUGAAUGGCUGACCCGCCAUUUCCUUCAAAAUGCUUCAGUAACAACCCACAUGAAGGCAGAUAUUCAAGAGGAAAAUUGUGUACCUGAAAUUAACACAAAAUUCAGUAAAUUUUGA